AUGGAGAAGACAGAUGCCAAAACCCAGUCCUCUCAGGGGGACGAAGAGAAAGGCCCUCCCAAGAGCCUCCCCUACUCCGUGGAGACCCCGUAUGGCUUUCAUUUAGACCUGGACUUCCUCAAGUAUGUAGAUGACAUUGAGAAGGGAAACACCAUCAAGAGGAUUCCUAUCCACAGACGGGCCAAGCAGGCCAAGUUCAGCACGUUGCCCCGAAACUUCAGCCUUCCCGACAGCGGGGCUCGCUCGCAGACUGCUCUUUCCCACCAAACCUGGUCCCCAGCGCUGGCCAGGAAGGUGUCGCUGGGGACCGAAGAGCGAGCCCAGUCUCUGCCGCCUGGGGAGCACCUCCAAGCCUCCCAAGCGGGUGGCAGUGAGGGGAGCUACCACAGGAAGGUCCUGCUGGCCGAGGCCGCCAGGCAGCUGGAGGCCACUGUUUCCCGGGACCCCGAGCUGCCCUCCGGGAGCGGACGGCCCCAGCUUUUGAGAGCAUCGAGCAUGCCGGCCACCCUGCUGCAGAACAGAGCCUCGGAGGACCCCAGCCUGAACGUAGGGCCCCCCACACCUCCUGCCCUUCCUCCCCUUGCAGCCUUUGGCCCCGCGGAAGGAUUUGCGGGUGUUCACGACUCCACCCCAAGAGCUGCCACCCAACCCACGGGCAGAGAGUUUGGAGACCUGGUGCCAGGGAUUCCGGAGCUGGUCCGGGAGAGGGCGGAGCCUCCUUGGGGUGCAGAAGAGGCCCCUCCGCAGCACCUGUCUCUCCCAAGGCCUCCCUUCUCACCCCCGAAUGCGCUUGUAGUUUCAGAGGAUGCAAAAGACAACCUUCCCCCCAGAGGAGCGGAGGUGGUGGUCAGCCCUGGCUGCCCGACGCCAAGCCCCCCACCUCUGCCAUCUCCCAUCCCGGAGACUGAGCUCCCCCUAGAAGAAAUCGAGCUCAACAUCAGCGAGAUCCCGCCCCCGCCUCCCGUGGAGGUGGACGUGAGAAGCGUUGGCAUCCGGGUCACGGAGGAGAGCCUGGGCCUUGCCCCCGCGGAUUCUGGCAGCGUCUCCAGCCUGAGGCAGCAGCUCCUGGCCCUGGAGGGGGAGUUGUCCGGGAAAACAGAGGAGCUGGCCCAGGUCAGAGCUACCCUCCAGCAACAGGAGGAGGAAAUCGAGGCCAAGAGGCAGAGGAUUCAAGAGCUGGAGUGCACGGUCGCUCAACUGGCAGAAAAACUGAGCCACGAGAACACCAAAGACACCCAGGGCCAAGUGGAUGCCAUGGUCAACACCGAGCCUCUCCACGGACUCCUGACCAGGGAGUCGUGUGACAAGAGCAUUGGUGUGAACCUUCUGAGCAGCACGGAAUCGGAAAGUUGGGGGGCCCGAGGAGAGGAGGAUGACCUGUGUGGGCAGGACAGUCAUCAACAGGGGAAUCAGAGCCCAGCAGAAUUUGUGCCACCAUCCCAGCUGUCACUGCCGCAGGAUCCCGAGAUGGUCCUCUCCUCUUCUUUACAUAGCUGCCUCUCCACUGAGCUCAGGAUCGAAGAAACAAGCUCUGAGCUGGAGGGAGACCCUCUGAUCGAGGGAGCAGGAAACUCUUUAUGGAGCAGAGACACAAAGGCUCCCUCAGCAGGGAAGGAGGAGGCCAGUUCAGAGCUCCCGGGGAAGGAGGGCCCGGGCAGGCCACCCAGCUCACCCACAGAUGCCACUAUCGGGCAAUACGUUAAGAAGAUCCAGGAGCUCCUGCAGGAGCAGUGGAACUGCCUGGAGCAUGGGUACCCAGAGCUGGCCAGCGCCAUCAAGCAGCCCGCCUCCAAGCUCAGCAGCAUCCAGCGCCAGCUCCUGAGCUCCCUCAACCUUUUGCUGUCUGCCUACUCUGCCCAGGCUCCAGCCCAGAAGGAGUCCCCGGCCCCCUCCACUCCUCCACCAAAGGAGCUCUCCCCGUCGACCAGCCUUAAAUCCAUAAUGAAAAAGAAAGACUAUGGCUUCCGUGAAGGAGGUAAUGGGACCAAAAAGAACCUUCAGUUUGUUGGGGUUAACGGUGGCUAUGAGACCACCUCCAGCGAGGAGACCAGCGGAGAGGACAGCUCCCCAGAAGACUUAUCUGACAGCGAGGCUGAGAAGAAAUGUGAUGGCCCAGAACACAGAUGGGGCAAGGAUGCCCACCCAGGCUGCAAGGCAGGGCCAGCCAUCUCCGAGGGCACCUGCAACACAGGCCAGGGAAAAGGGCCUGGGGAAGAACCUCUCUUUCUCAAGGCUGAGAGAUAUAAACCCUCCGAAGAAUUUCUUAAUGCAUGCCGGGCAUUGAGCCAACAUCUACCAGACACCGGGACCACCACUGACCAGCUCUUGAGGCAAAACUUGAACACCAUCAGUCAAGAGUGGUUUCGCGUCUCUAGCCGGAAGUCAUCGAGUCCUGCCGUGGUGGCUGCCUACCUCCAGCCUCACGCCCCACACUUCCUAAAGCUGCUUGUCAACUUGGCUGACGGAAACGGAAACACGGCCCUUCACUACAGUGUGUCCCACUCCAACUUCUCCAUCGUCAAGCUGCUGCUGGAGACAGGCGUCUGCAAUGUGGACCAUCAGAACAAAGCAGGCUAUACCGCCGUGAUGAUCACUCCCCUGGCUUCUGCGGAGACGGAUGAGGACAUGGCUGUCGUCUGGAAGCUCUUAAGAGAAGGAGAUGUGAACAUCCAAGCUACCCAGGGAGGCCAGACUGCGCUGAUGCUGGGAGUCAGCCACGACAGGGAGGACAUGGUCCAAGCGCUACUGAGCUGCCAGGCAGAUGUCAACCUGCAGGACCAUGAUGGAUCGUCGGCCCUCAUGCUGGCCUGUCACUGUGGCAACGCUGACAUGGUGCGGCUGCUCCUGGCACACCCGGCCUGUGACAGCAGCCUGACAGACAAGGCUGGCCGAACAGCUUUAUCCAUCGCGCUGAAGCCGCCCGCCCAUGUGGAAAUCGCUGAGCUUCUGCAGGCCCACGCAGAGCAGGGCAGGUCCCUGAAGCCCUAG